AUGGGGAUGCACGGUAGGGUGCACGACUUUCCUGGAAUGUCAGGGAGCAUUGAUUGUAUGCAAUGGGAGUGGAAGAAUUGUCCAGCAGUGUGGAGAGGCCUAUUCACCAGUGGGUAUAAGGGUACCCACACGACGAUGAUCUUUGAAGCCAUCGUUGACCACCGUCUUUGGAUUUGGCAUGCUCACUUUGGCGUGGAGGGGUCAAACAACGACAUCAACGUGUUGAACACGUCGAGUCUCUUCGUAGAGCAAUGCAAUGACAAUGGUCCGGUUAUCCAGUUCACUGCCAAUGGACGGCAACAUUAUAUGGGGUACUACUUAGCCGAUGACAUAUACCCGCGGAUGACCAGUUUUCUUGAAGAUGAUCUCCUGCCCAACGGGUGCGAGGAGAGAGCUUUUUGCAGCGCGGCAAGAGAAUUUCCCUAUCCUCCUUCCUCGGUGAGGCGCCAAACAAGGAGUUCGACAGUAGACACUCCACAGUUAUCUUUCAAACCAGCACUAAGAGUUACUAUCAGAAAAGAUACUGUAGUUCCAAAGCCAGAGUUUCCGACUAGCGAUGAUCCAAGUUUGCUAGAGGGGUCGAAUGAUGAUGAUGAUGGAGAAGAAGUUGAGUCUGCUCCAUCUGUACAUGGCCACAGAGUGAAGGCAAAGUUUGCUCCUCUGGUUGGAGCCAUCUUCAACAAAUAUGGCGACAUCACUGCAAAUAGCAAUAUCAAGUCUCCUUCCAUCAUGGCCUCCUUCUUCCUUGAGCGCCUGUGCGACAUGUACCAAAGGCUUGAGAAGAAAACGUUCCAGGACUUCACGCGUGCUGAGAUCAAUGGCAUGCUCGACAAUCUCCAACACCAGGCUCAGAAAUUCAACGUCGAAUGGCUUCUUGAGAAGGUCAAACAGAUUUCUGAGGUGAGAAGGAGCAGCACUGAGAGGUACUUGGCGUUGAAGGGAGAGGCAACGAAAUACAUCGAGGCUAAUGAAAGAAUGGAAAAGGAGAUACAACAGAAUCAGCGACACAUUGCUCUGAUACAGAAGAAGAUAUCCACAAUAGAGAAGGCAAUGGAAGCUAACGAGGCUGAUGCUGACAAUUACACAAAGAUGGCUGUUGAUGUCAAGGUUAAAGUAAAAGCUCUAGCAAGUCAAAGUUUGGUUCAUGGUCUUCUUUAGUAUUUAGUAUUAUCGUCUUCGUCCCAAAUCAAUCUUCGUA